ACUACUCCACGGCUCGAACCUCGUGGCGGGGGUAGGAGGAUACCGGCCUCCGGGGACCGGGUGAGGAGGCAGGCAGGUAGGCAGUUAAUCCUUGAGAUGUGACCGCGAAAGGGUGCACCACCCUUAUCAUCUCGCACGUGGAUAGCCUUCCUGUCCUCGUCAUGGAAUGUGUUCACCUUCGUCAUGGAAUGGGUGAACGAAUCAUCAUGAAGAAGGGAGUAGUGAUGAAGAACGUCUCUCUCGUUGCUGCUGCACCCGGUGGUGCUACAGAAGCAAUCGCUCGUUUUCUUUCAGGUUAUGACGGGACGGUCACUUUGUUGUUUAAAAGUACGUCUAAAUUGGAGAUAUUCAGCUUUCGAGAACGCUGGAAGUCGUGUAAAGAGAAAUUUGCCCUCUAUGAAAGUGUAGUCAUGAUUGAAUUUCUGUUCUCUCUCCACAGUGCUACUGAGAGAUUGCUGUUUGACUGUUAAAAGGACCUUUGAUCUCGGCAUAAGAAACUGCGAGCUGUAAGUAUCACGUUUCACAUGAGGUUGCAAGAAAAUCUUAGGAUUUUGAUACUUUAAUAUUGGGUACUAUUCCUGUCUAACCAGCAAAUGCAGUUUUGAUUACUUGUUCCUUUAGCUUAAGAUCUCUCGAAAACGUUAGUUUAUAUUGACCUUUAGUUUUACAUAAUGAAGUGUGCAAAAUAUCUAGCCUAGUAUCAUUAAACACGAGUUUAGGAGAAAGUUAUAAACGCUUAGUUCAAGUACUAAUGUCCCAUAUAACUUUAUAAUGAUUUAAGGGAGUAGGUCUUAAUAGUAUGCAGUAAGCCAAAAAUAAUUCUAGACCUAUGGAGAA